AUGUCCUCUCAAACUCAACAGGCUGUGGCCUAUUCCGGCUCGUCCGAAGACAAAAAGCUCACUGAGCUGGUUUCGUAUGAAAUUCCCCAGCCUAAUGCCGACCAGCUUCUGAUCAAGGCAGUGGCUUUUGCGACCAAUCCAACUGACUACAAACAUUUUCUGGGUGGCUGGGGAGCAAAAGGGACGUUCGCUGGUUCUGACGUCUCCGGGGAAGUGGUUGCGAUUGGAGCAAACGUCAAAGGGUUUGAGGUUGGUGAUCACGUCAGCUCUUUCGACCGUGGUGGAAACAAAAAGAAGCCCCAUGUUGGUCUUUUCAAGGAGUACAGUGUCGUAGAUCCAUAUCUGACAUUUCGUUACCCUAAAAAGCUCAAGACUCUUGGUGCUGAUGUUAACGAGUAUCCCUCUAGUAAGGUGGAUACAUUCGAAGGAGCAGCGGCUAUCAACCUAGGAAUUUUCACGGUGGGUCUAACUUACAGUUAUGCAUUUGGCCUGGAUUUUGACAAGGCCAAAAAUGCGGACAAAACGGUUUUGAUCUGGGGUGGUGCCACGGCUACUGGCCUUCUGGCAAUCCAGGUCGCAAAGAAGGUCUAUGGCCUCAAGGUAGUUGCAGCUGCCAGUAAGAAGCACGAGUCUUCGUUGAAAUCGUUUGGAGCUGAUGCUGUUUUUGAUUACCAUGACUCUGAUGUUGUUUCCCAGAUAAAGGCCUUUUCCGGAGAUUCUUUAGUCUAUGGUUACGAUACCGUUGCUAACCUAGACACUUGGAACGCUGUCAACGAUUCUUUGACAGACUCCACUCCAGUCGUUGCUGAUAACUUGUUAUUCUUGGAGGGAUCAGCUCUCAAGAACCCCAAGAAGAAUGCCAAAUACACCAAGACCUUAGUGUAUUUAGCCAGAGGUGAAGAUCAAGAACUGGGGGACGAUUUUGUUCUGAAGAGUUCCCCGGAGAUUGCAGAAGCCCAUCUCAAGUUCUACAAGAACAUCGUUCCGUUUGUCCAGGAUGGUACUAUUCAGCACCAGCCUUUGAGAAUUCUUCACGAUGGUCUGAGUAGUGUCGACGAGGCAUUUUCUUUGCUCCGUAACAACAAGGUUUCUGCGGAGAAAAUUGUUUUCAAGCUCUCCGAGUCGAAAUAA